AUGCGACGUCCAACAAAUAGCUUAAUCCUUACUAAUCUUGAAGAGAAGGUACUUGAGAAUCCGCAAGAGUUGAUAGAUUUUUUGUGCGAAGAUGAAGACUACAUAGUCGAGUUUAUAUGUCUUUGUAAACUAUCACGAAUAGUACUUAUUUGUGAAACAUCAAGUAUUGCGCAGAGCAUUAAACAAAAGAUUGGCAAUGAUAUGAGAUGGAGAUAUAUCAAGGUCUCUUUUAGUAUGAAGGAUAAUGCAUUUGAUGUAAGUAAGCAAGAUUUGGAAGUGGGUAGGAGAGAGGAUAAGAAUUAUUUGGAGUUGCCGCAUGAUCUCGAUGUGAAACGGUUUCUUAUAAGUCCGCCGAUGAGUCCGCGAUCAGGAUGGGACAAUUGGAAUAAAACAGAAGAAGGGCCUAAUGAGAAAGCGAUUUAUUCACCAGAGGAGUUGUCAGAGAUACUAUGGGAAAGACUUGGAGGAGAAGAAAGUAAACUUGUGCGGAGGUAUAAUGAGACAAGCAGGGAGACGAUUAAUUAUGAAAUAGAAAGAGAAUUGCUAUUUGAGGGGAUUGAAAAUGGAGUACCAGCGAUUGUUUUGGAUAGCGUUGGCAAGUGUGAAGUUGAGGAGAACAUGCCCAAAACGUCGAUGCCUCCGGUAGAGCCAAAAUAA